AUGUUGGCCCUUCAGACUACUGACUUGCCGCUUGACAGAUUUCCCGAGUACUCAGACCCUCUCGAGCCCUUUCAGGUCUUUGAGACCAAAGCCAUGGCGUCAAACGGGACAGUCGCGAGCCCAGCUCACAAGCAGCUGAAUAAGCUUCAGAGCGAGCAGCCGUCUCGGCAUCCUUCACCCCAGCCCACCCACUUCGCCGUACCGCUCGGCUCGGGUGGCAAUGGACACCGGGUCCUGCGAUCUGCAACUGUCGGCUACAUUGCGCCUGAAUUCAAGGGGAAGUUAGAGCAACAGCAAGCUGUCAAGGACAUCAUCCUGAAGCAGGACUGGAUUCCUGCCUCGCACGUGGACGAGCAGAUCUCUUGGUUCUAUAAUGAUCUUGGUAUCGACGAUGUCUACUUCCAAUUGGAAAACGUCGAGGUCAUCGCUACCAAUAUCACCUCUAUGUACGCAGCCAAAAUUGCUGCCCAUGCUCGCGUAGACAAGCGCCAGGAAAUCCGCCUGGACAUGGAAGCUGCCGAUCAUGCCAUCUACAUUGACACAAGCGUACCUGGCCAGUCCAACUUGCGAGGUCCGCGAUACGAGAACAGACUAGAGGGAAAGUACCUCGAUCACGCCGACACCAGCAAACGAUUCCGUGUCGAGACCUUCCGCUCUCCUGGGGCGGUGUCUAGCGACGACGUGUCCAAGGCUUCUCUGAGGUGCUAUUUCGUCUACCAGUGCCAGUUUGUGGACUCCAAACCUGAACCGGAUGAGACCCGUCUCGAGGUGAUCAGCGACCGGAUGUUCCUGACCAAGGCUACAAAGAAUACCAAACAGAUAUACGGCGACAUCAUCAAGCUGGCUGUCCACAGGACUGGACCAGUCAUCGAGGUCUUUGACAUCGAAGGUUCUGAGGAGAGACGUCUUGUUGUCGCUUUCCGGUCGCGUACUGCCAGGGGAAUCUUCAGCGCCUUGAGUGAUCUCUACCACUACUAUGGGGUUACCAGCUCCAGGAAGUACGUCGAGCAAUUCGCCAACGGCAUCACGGUCAUGAGUAUAUACCUGAAGCCGGCUACCAACCUUGAGCACAAACCCAUGCUGCCGAUCGAACAGUCGAUUCACCAGAUCACCAAGGAAAUCUCCCUGCUGUACUGCAUACCCCAGAACAAGCUCCAUCCUCUAUUCGCAUCCGGUGCCCUCAGUCUCCAAGAGACCAUCUACGGCCACUGUGUGUGGGUCUUCGUGCAGCACUUCCUCAACCGUCUGGGCCCCGAGUACACUUCCAUCGCGCAAGCCUUGAGUGCCAAUGGCUCCGCGCAUGCCGAGAUCCUCUCCAAGCUCAAGCGUCGUCUCCGAACCGAAACGUUCACUCCGGACUACAUUCUCGAGAUCAUAUCAUCGUACCCGGGAUUGGUGCGCUCGUUGUAUGCUGCAUUUGCUAGCGUCCAUCUGGCCGUUGGACCUGGCUUUGACGAGCACAUAAUCGCACCUGCCCCUUCCACGGAAAUCUUGUCGGAUGCUCGACUGAAGGAGAAGAUCAGCCGAGAAGUGUCCAACGAGCAUGAGGAAAUGGUCAUGACGGCUUUCCGUAUCUUCAACAACGCCAUAUUGAAGACCAAUUACUUCACCCCCACCAAGGUGGCUCUGAGCUUCCGCCUCAACCCGGAUUUCCUGCCUGAGUAUGAGUAUCCGAAGCGGUUGUAUGGCAUGUUCCUCGUAAUCAGCGCAGAGGCACGUGGUUUCCAUCUGCGCUUCAAGGACGUUGCCCGAGGUGGUAUCCGGAUCGUCAAGUCUCGAAGCAAGGAGGCUUACGGUAUCAACGCUAGGAACCUCUUUGAUGAGAACUACGGCCUCGCGAGCACACAACAGCGCAAGAACAAGGAUAUUCCCGAAGGCGGUUCCAAGGGUGUGAUCCUACUUGAUGCCAAGCAGCAAGACAGAGCGCGGGAGGCAUUCGAGAAGUACAUCGACAGUAUUUUGGAUCUCCUCCUCCCUGCCGAGACCCCUGGUAUCAAGAACCCGAUCGUAGACCUCUACCGCAAGCAAGAGAUCCUGUUCCUGGGUCCAGAUGAGAAUACGGCCGACCUUGUCAACUGGGCCACCAUGCAUGCGCGCGAGCGUGGUGCACCGUGGUGGAAAUCCUUCUUCACUGGCAAGUCGCCGAAGCUAGGUGGUAUUCCACACGACGCCUACGGCAUGACGACCCUGUCAGUGCGCGAAUAUGUCAAGGGCAUCUACCGCAAGUUGAAGCUGGACCCUUCCACAGUAAGAAAGAUGCAGACCGGCGGUCCGGAUGGCGAUCUAGGAAGCAACGAGAUCCUUCUCAGCAACGAGAAGUACACCUCGAUUGUGGAUGGCUCUGGAGUACUCGUUGAUCCCAAGGGUCUCGAUAAGGAGGAGCUAUACCGCCUCGCAAAGAAGCGUGCCAUGAUCUCCGACUUCGACAUCUCCAAGCUGUCGAAGGACGGUUACAGAGUCCUCUGUGACGACACCAACGUCACGUUGCCAAACGGAGAGUUUGUCGGCAGUGGCACUGGCUUCCGCAACUUCUUCCAUCUGAGGGAAUCUGGAUUCACAGACUGCUUCGUGCCCUGUGGCGGACGUCCCGAGUCGAUUGAUCUUUCGUCGGUCGCCAAAAUCAUCAAGGACGGCAAGACCACAAUUCCCUACAUAGUGGAGGGAGCUAACCUCUUCAUCACCCAGGAUGCUAAACUGCGUCUUGAGGAGGCCGGCUGUGUUCUCUUCAAGGAUGCGUCCGCUAACAAGGGUGGAGUAACCUCUUCAUCGCUUGAAGUCCUGGCGUCUCUUAGCUUCGAUGAUCAGAGCUUCGUGGAGAACAUGUGCCAAAACGAUGACGGCGAAGCACCCGAGUUCUACAAGGCAUAUGUCAAACAGGUGCAAGCGACCAUCUGCGAGAACGCUCGUCUUGAGUUCGAGGCAAUCUGGCGCGAAAAUGAGAAAAGUGGUACGCCACGCUCUGUGCUGUCCGACACACUGUCUGUGGCCAUCACUACUUUGGAUGAAGAACUGCAGAGGUCCGACCUGUGGAAGGACGAGAAGACACGAGUAUCGGUACUUGCUGAUGCCCUGCCCAAGUUGCUUAUAGACAGGGUCGGCCUGAACACCAUCAUCGACCGUGUACCAGACGCAUAUCUACGCGCUAUCUUCGGAAGCUAUCUCGCAUCCCGCUUUGUAUACGAGUUCGGCAGUAGCCCAAGCCAGUUCGCCUUCUACGACUUCAUGUCCAAGAGAAUGGCCAAAGUUCAAUGA